UUAUUUACUUCGAAGUUCGAACGUUAAGAUUUUCCAUUUUUUCGGAGCAGAAAUAGCAAUUUGAGCUCGUAUAGAGUAACAGAGUGCCUGAGCUUCGUCUCUUCGCUCUUCAGUUCUUGGAAUCGGAUUAGAGAUGAUAAACCCUAAAUUGGCUCGUAGUUUACGCAACUUACUUCCACUUAUGCAUAGAGACCUCAGCUCCCGCUUCUCUCCAACUCCCUUCGCCUCUCACCAUGAUCGAAUUGCAUUCCAUCUUUUUCAGUCACGUCCAUUCACCCUCCACAAAUCUAACUCUUCUUUUUCGUUUGUGGUAUUUGGGUUUCAUCAUUCUGUUUAUCGUCCUCCUAAAAUUUCCUCAAGUUUUAAUCCUUCGUUUGCAAGUCAUCAUGGGUACUCCACCACCACCAAUGCCUCUACUGAAGAUAUCCAGUGCCAAAACUCUCAAGAACCACCUCAUUCUGACACAAACGAUGAAGUAGAACCAAUCGACUUAUGGGAGGAAGAAGACGAAGCUGAGCCUAAGAUCGGAGAUGGUGGAGAUGGAGGCGGUGUUGUCCUGCAAAACUGUCCUUGGGGCGAGAAAGUUCUAUCCAUUGCUCAAGACGUCUUGCGUCAGUUUGGUGAUGACAUAGAAAUCUUCGCUUUCAAAACCUCCCCUCGUGGAUACAUUUAUGUCAGAUUAGAUAGACUCUGUAACGAAUAUGGGUGCCCUAGCAUAGAGGAUAUUCAAAGUUACAGUCAUGAAUACAAGAAAAGACUAGACAAAGCAGGAGAAACUGGAGACAUACCCUGUGAUUUAGCUCUUGAGGUGUCAUCUCCAGGUGCAGAUAGGCUACUGAGGAUACCGGAUGAUUUAGAAAGAUUUAAAGACAUGGCUAUGAGAGUGAAGUAUGUAGAAGACGAUGAUCAUAGGUGUAAGGAAAAGGAGGGGGUGUUCUUUUUGGAAGCCAUUGAAGUGGAAUAUGAGAGGUGUGUAUGGAGGUUGGCUGAUGUGAAAGAAAAUCGGGAUCCUUCAUCUAAAGGAAGACCUUUGAGCAGGAAACAAAAGGAUUGGAGACUUGAACUUCCAUAUGAAAGGGUUGAGCAGGCAACUUUAUACCUUGAUUACCAAUAAGUCUUCAACUUAGAUUCUUCAAUUUGUUCUUGAGGUAACUGUUUUUGGUGCUUAAGGAUUAUAUAUAAACUUGAUGGAAUUGGAGACCUUUUUGACAUGUCUUGAUGUAUUUCAAGUUUUGGUAUCUGUCAAUAUGGAUUAUGAACUUGAAAAUGAA